CCGAGCGCUAUCGGGCAGGCUGAUCGGGCCUCGGCCACGGUUCGGAAGCAAGUCCCGAAACGCAGCGCCGUCGAGCCCCUUCGGGAGCAGAAGCGAAAAUGGCCGAAGGGAUUCCGUCCGAGUCCCGCGCCGAGAGGCUGCCGGGAUCGCGGCGGACUCGGCGGGCGGGGCGGGCGCGGCGGGCGGGGCCCGGGGGCAAGAUGGCGGCCCCGCGGCGAGGGAGAGCUUCCUCCACGGUGGUAUCCCGCUGCUCCAUCCCCUGGCCCUCUGUCAGCCCAGGACCCAGGCCUCCACACAGGGCACCUGCAGUUGGCUCCUGGCUCCUGCUUUUUGCUCCUUCAAGCCCCACCCCCACCUCUGGGUUCCGAGUGUUAUUCUGUCUGAGUGGGACGUGCUGCGCCCUGCACUUCCUGGCUACGCUCCUGCUGCUCGUGUAUAAAAGUCAGGUUUUCACUUAUCCUCACAGUUGCCUGGUCCUCGACCUGACUCUGCUGUUUCUGAUGGGGAUUCUGGAAGCGAUUCGGUUAUACUUCGGCACCAUGGGCAACCUGAUGGAGGCUGAGGUGCCGCUGGCUGCCAGCCUGGUCCUCACCGUGGGCGUCGCCCUGCUGUCUGCCUACUUCCUGCUCUGGCAGACCCUGGUGCUGCGGGCAGACUCAGCCCUCGGCGCCCUGCUCCUGGCGCUCCACGGCCUGGAGGCCGUCCUACAGGUGGUGGCCAUUGCUGCCUUCAUCAGCUAGGUGAGCAGUGCCAGCCUUGCGGGACAGCCCUGGAUAGGAGCCCCCCUCAGGACCUCCUCAGGUGGUCCCCCGACUGUCACCUCGAGCAGGAAGGGCACCUUCGUGCUCCCCUGCCCCAGUGUUAGAGAGACUGUUUGCGGCGGGGUGUGCAAGGCAGAGGCGGGGCUGGGCUUCAGGGUGGAACAGGGUGCUGCAGCAGGGGCCCUGGGCAGGCUCGGGGGCGGGGUGGGGGUGGGACCUGAGAGGGCUCCGGUUCUGGCUGGUGAUCCCUGGGGUGCGGACGGGGUUGAGGCUCUUCGGAAAGCAGGCGGCCAGGUCAGAGCCUCCGGGGUCCAAGGCACCCCACCCCAUGCAGGGGCUGGAGCUCUCUGUUCCCCUGCAGCUGCAGGCAGCUUGGGGGUCCUGGGCUCUGCCUCCCACAGGAGGCACUCUCGGGCUGCCUAAUCCCCCUCUGCCUGGGCGUUCUCAGGAAAGGUGGUCUGGAGGCUGCAGACUUGCGGGGAGCUGGCGGCAGCCUUCUCUGGGGGUUUGUGCCAUUCACAGAUCCUCGGUGAGUGUUCCCGGGAGAAAUCCGAGCUGGUGUUUUCUAGUGACCUUCCUGCGUUUGUUUCAGUUGCACGUUUUCUCUGUUUAGAAUGACACUGUGUUUGAAUAUCUAGAUAUUUUCUCUUCAUUGUAUCUUUAAAAUAAAGGAAUGUUUGUACCUCCCUGAA